AUGUCACAACUACAACAACAGGAUAUCACUCAACCUAUAGAACCAUUCAUAAAGAAGUUAUUAACUUCAUUAGAUCUUCAAUAUAGUACCCCAACUACACUGUAUCCAAGUGUAGAAGCUUAUGCUACUCAAUUUGGUAAAUCAUUAAAGCCAGACGGUUCUAUCAUAAUAAAUGGUACUCCAUUAAUACCUCAUGCUUCUCCACAACCUUCAUCAUCAAAAUUGGAAUUUCAAAAAAAAUGGUUACAAUCUCCAUUAUCAUUCCAUCAACUAAAUAGUUAUGAUUGUCAUUUAAUACCAGGUACAGGCACUUUUAUUAUAAAUGUCAGUGCCAAAGUAAGGUUUGAUGAAAGUGGAAGAAAUAGAUUAGGUGAAUCUGCGGAUCUAAUUACAGAUCAUCAACGACAAUCAAGAGCACUUUGGGGAUCAUGGUUUGGAGUUAAUAUAAUCUUAGUUGUUGAUCAAACUAUUAUGACAAAUCCAGAAGCUGAAGUUAUAAAUAGUUUUAACUACAGAUUUACAUUCCAUCCUGAAGAUUCAGUCAUAAAAAUAUAG